ACCGUGAAAUACAUUUAGGACAUUUUGUAUUUCUGUGGCAUACAACGUUCACGCAAGCCAAACGACUGGUCCCAGCUGUAAGUCCAGUGUGCACCGCCAUUUCGUGUUACGUCGUUUUCUUUCGGUAAUUUCCGCCGUGUCACCUUCCUGUGUGUUUAUCUGUCCCGCAUAAAGAAAGUAGGGCGCCAUUGCCUGCCGUUUGUGUUUAAAUGCUAAUGUAAAAGCAUUAUCCAUAGAAUAAUCCAUCGUUUUCUAUCGGUUUGAAGUUUUUUACAUUAAUUUAUUUAGCGUUAGUGUGAUAUUUAGGCGUCAUAUAGGCGGUCCCCUGACCGGAUUCUCUCGGCCAUAUUCGGCUCCAGUCGUGCAGCGUCGAUGGACGAGAGCGAGCCGGCGGCGAAGCAGCUCGGCUCAGCCGAAGCGGCGGAGAAGGAGGGGGCGGAAUCGGAGACUGAAUCGGAGGCCGAAGUGCCCACGAUGACUGUGAUGGGGGAAGCGGGAAACAUCGACAUUGCCGAGUCCCUGCCGAACCCAGACGACGCCGAAACGGCGUUUGCAGAGGUGACCACAGUCACUGUUGGCGGCGUCCAGACUGCAGAUGACAAUGUUUUCUCAACAUCUGUCGCCACAGCAGCCUCCAUCCCUGAGCAUGUGCUUACGGGUCGGACGACUCUGCAGAUUGGGGACAGUCUCAGCACCCAAAAGGCCACUCUGAUCGUUGUGCACACAGAUGGCAGUAUAGUGGACGCGACCGGCCUGAAAGCCACCACUGCACCCAUGACUCCAGGCCCUCAAACUCCUUCUACCCCGCUGACUCCAAGCCAUGAGAAAGAUGUGUCCAAAUAUAACUGGGAUCCAUCUGUGUAUGACAAUGAGCUCCCAGUGCGCUGCAGGAACACCAGUGGUAUUCUCUACAAAAACAGACUGGGAUCAGGGGGCAAAGGACACUGCAUCAAACACAACAAUAACUGGUAUACUCCCACGGAGUUUGAAGGGCUGGCUGGAAGGGCCAGCAGUAAGGACUGGAAGAGGAGCAUUCGCUAUGCAGGGCGACCUCUGCAGUGUCUUAUACAGGAGCGCAUCCUCAACCCGCACGCUGCAUCCUGUACAUGCGCGGCCUGCUGUGAUGAUCUAACUGUGAACAAGGAUGGAUCCUUUGGAGGAGACAGUAUAUCUAUGACUGGCCCUGUGAGACUCUUCGUCCCAUACAAGAGACGGAAGAAAGAGAGCGAUCAUCCGGCUUCUCCAGAGAAGAAAGAGCCACAACCUCUUAAGAACAUCACUCUAGCACCCGGGGCUGCCUUCACAGUGUCCCCAUCAGGUCAGCUCACCACCUCAGGCACACUCACCUUCGACCGGACAGGAACAGCAGACACAACGGCCAUCAUCUCUGAGAGCCCCACGCCUUCAGAUGUCUUCAGCAGUACGGCAGUAUUGACCACGCUGCCCGCUCUUGCUGUGGUCCCUCAACAGACAGUGGUGCAGACCAAAGCUCCUGCGGCAGGCGGAGUGGUCAAUGGCCUGGAGAUGAGCGAGCAGCGCACCUGGCUCUACCUGGAAGAGACAGCUAACACACUGCUCAACACCGUCCAGCAGCUCAAGACCCUCAUCGCCCAGGCCAAGCAAGCCAGCCAGGCCAACCAGCAGGCCAGCAGUGGACUUGAGAAAAGCUGCAGCAGGAAGGAUUCUUUUCCCAGCCAGCUGUCGCUUGCUGAUGACCCAGAGGGGAAGAUUACUGAAAUUAUCAUCAAGCACACCUGUGUGAACUGUGGACGUGAGGCUUCAAAUGAAUGUGCUGGCUGCCACAAAGUCCACUACUGUUCCAGCUUCUGCCAAAAAAAGGACUGGAAGGAUCACCAGCACAGCUGCUCUCAGCCGAGUGUAGGUGUGGGAAUGCACGAUGAGGCUCAUAUAGCUACUGUGGAGGUAGAGAAAGUCAAGGCGUAACCCCAGUACAACGUCCAACCACAGAAAACAUCUCUGCCACAACAAAGACUCAAAUAUAGGCUGAGAUGGCUGUAUUUUUGUGAAGCACUGGUAUUUAUUUUAUUUGUUGGACAAGUCAGCCAAGACGCUUAAGUGACAGGACGAAACUAUUUCUAUAUGCUGACUGGAUCUGUAAAGCUGAGAUGAUGCCCUGUUUUUGGAGUAUGCAUUCUAAAGCCUGAACUGAACAUCACUGCAACUGCCCGACCAGUUUUUUGGUACUAUUACAACAGAGGCUAUUUACCGGUCCACUUCUACAGAGUAGCAAUACUGCCUCUUUUAAUUAAUAAGACGUCCCCUGCUGCAUUUCUGAAUAUCUCUUCAAAUCGAAUAAUAGGCUGGAUAGCCAGAAACAAGCAUGCAUUCUCAAGAUUAGUGAACAAGGAAUUGGUUUUCGGGAGAAAAUGCUGAAUUUAACAGUUCCUAUUUGGGAUUUUAAUGGCUGAUGGGCCUAAAGAAGGAAAAAAAAUAUUGCUUAACAAUGAAUGAACAGUAGCAGGGAGCAGUUAGCAUGAUUUAAUUUGUCUCAUCCUGAAAGAAAAAGCAAAGAAAAAUAAAAAUUUGAUUAGCUAGAAGUUGCAUAUUCAAUAGUAUUUUAAUUGAAAUGGUAAAAUAUUACAAGAUGCCAGCAGGUGCUCCAGUGAGGUACCCAAACUAAAUUGUAGUGAUGGCACCAAACUUAAAAUGAUAUACAUGAUUGUUUCAUACAAACAAACACCCACUGACGCACAAUAUUACUGUUACUGCAAUGUCUGAUGUAUGGCUGUAAAAUAAAUUUAUUUAUAUUUGACCA